AGCGGAGGGUGAUGAGACCCCGCGACUCCCUGACGCCAGGCCGCAUCACGCCACGCGCGGAGUGGAGCUCACUACAGGGGGACACCAUCCUGCUGCUGCCGCACAAGCCUCUCAAGAAAAUCAUACUUUUUGGACAUCCUCAAAGACCUCAACAGUGAUUCUUCUCUAAAACUGGACCUCCACCUGUCGCCCCACCCUUCUUUUGGCCCAGCGGAGAAGGAGAGCGGGAGGGCUGCCCCAUCCAUCAUGAAUGUCACCUCGCUCUUCUCCUUCACCAGCCCGGCCGUCAAGCGUCUGCUGGGCUGGAAGCAGGGCGACGAGGAGGAGAAGUGGGCCGAGAAGGCCGUGGACGCCCUGGUGAAGAAACUGAAGAAGAAGAAGGGUGCCAUGGAGGAGCUGGAGAGGGCGCUCAGCUGCCCCGGUCAGCCCAGCAGCUGCGUCACCAUCCCCCGUUCGCUGGAUGGCCGGCUGCAGGUGUCCCACAGGAAGGGCCUGCCGCAUGUCAUCUACUGCCGUGUGUGGCGCUGGCCAGACCUGCAGUCUCACCAUGAGCUCAAGGCGCUGGAGUGCUGCGAAUACCCGUUUGGUUCCAAGCAGAAGGACGUGUGCAUCAACCCUUACCACUACAAACGUGUGGACAGCCCAGUGCUGCCCCCUGUGUUGGUACCGAGGAACAGCGAGUUCAACGCCAAGCACACCAUGCUGCCCCGCUUCCGCAACCCUCUGCAGCAGAAUGAGCCACACAUGCCCCAGAACGCCACAUUCCCAGAGUCCUUUGCUCCGGGCAACCCCGUACCCUUCCCCCAUUCGCCGGGAAACAGCUUCCCAAGCUCACCGGGCGGCGGCAGCAACGCCACUUUCCCCCAUUCGCCCUCCAGCUCCGACCCCGGCAGCCCUUUCCAGAUGCCAGAGACGCCCCCUCCUGCCUACAUGCCCCCAGAGGAGCCGAUGACUCAGGACUGCCCCCAGCCGAUGGACACCAACCUCUUGGUGCCGACUUUGCCUCUUGAGACUAACAACCGGGCAGAUGUGCAGCCCGUGGCCUACGAGGAGCCCAAGCACUGGUGCUCAAUUGUUUACUAUGAGCUCAACAACCGCGUCGGCGGGGCCUUCCAGGCGUCCUCCACCAGCGUGCUCGUAGAUGGCUUCACUGAUCCCUCUAACAACCGCAACCGCUUCUGCCUCGGUCUGCUCUCCAAUGUUAACCGCAAUUCCACCAUCGAGAACACCCGGCGGCACAUCGGCAAAGGUGUCCACCUGUACUAUGUCGGCGGCGAGGUCUACGCCGAGUGCCUGAGCGACAGCAGCAUCUUCGUCCAGAGUCGCAAUUGCAACUACCACCACGGCUUCCACCCCACCACCGUGUGCAAGAUCCCCAGUGGCUGCAGCCUGAAGAUCUUCAACAACCAGGAGUUUGCUGAGCUGCUUGCCCAGUCGGUCAACCACGGCUUUGAGGCUGUGUACGAGCUCACCAAGAUGUGCACCAUCCGCAUGAGCUUUGUGAAGGGCUGGGGAGCUGAGUACCAUCGCCAGGAUGUGACCAGCACCCCCUGCUGGAUCGAGAUCCACCUGCAUGGACCCCUGCAGUGGUUGGAUAAGGUUCUAACGCAAAUGGGUUCCCCCCACAACCCAACAUCAUCUGUCUCCUAGGCCGUCCUUGUGGUCAGCCCCAGCAUUUUUAGCCCAAGUAGCAAGACCGGUGGCCUGAGCGGGUCCCAGACCAGUUUAUACCUGAUUGCCUCAGUUAGACAACAUAACAAUGUUAUGAUUGAAGCACAAGCAGCUGAUCUGGAACCUGUAAGGCAAGGUGGAAUGGUUUGUUUUCUACUUGAAGGAUGUCUAAGUGGGCACAUUUACAGACUGGGAGAGGAGCAAGCAGAGAGAGCGUGAUGCAACUGGAAGAUACUUGAUCUCUGUGACCAACCAAAAUAAUCCAACCAUCACACUCUUCGAUGAGCGCAGGUGUCCACACUCUACUUUUUGUUCCCUUUAUUCUCAAUCAUGCCUGUAUUCCCACUUUAACUACCAAGCAGUACUGUUUGGUUUAGGCCUUUUCGUGGUCAAGUUCUGUCAAUGUUUUGGCACCCUUGCGCAGCAGUGUAUGGUACCAAAAAAAAGGUGACGUUUCAAACUAUUACUCAAAACAAAUCAAAAAGACCACUCUUCUGUCUGCAGAUUUGGAUAAUGGUAAAUAUAACAAUGCUAGAAACCUCAAUAGUGAUACCGUCCGCUGGACCCCGUAGUCGUAUGGCUACUAAGGAACUAGCAAAUUGUCUGCUCCUACUGGCUCGCUUAUGCCAGAUACGCACAGAACCGUCCCUCCGUAUUUGAUUUGCAUUUUGUCGAUAAUACCACAAUAAUACCACCACCGAUACCACCAGAUACCGAUACCAACUGUGGCGGUAGUUUGUAGCUUGCUGUCAGAGCUUGCGACAGUGGCCUGACCAAUCAUAAUCCGAUCUGAUUUUGUUGUCAAAAACGGAAUUAUUUUUCUAAUUUGGGUUAAAAUAAAAAUGUUAUGGUGGAUUAAUUGCUCAACCUUUAUUCUGACUAUGAUCCAUCGUUUAAGUGCACACAUCAGUUUUCGUAAGUACGAGCAGCAUAAAUGACAACCGUCGAUGCCUGACAAGACUUCGUAAUGCAUUUAAUCAAUCUAGUGUUUGGUUAGUGUCACACCAUUUAUGCCGUUUGCGCCCUCUGUUGACCAUUCCAAACUGUACAACGGAGCUGUACCGAACUGUACCGCUUGGUGGUUUUUGUACACGUCGUUAAAAUCAUUUUGCGACAUUCCAGGUCACUGGGAUUGCAGUCUAUUCAUGACAUGUAUGAAAGUUAGUAAGACUCUGUGUAUAAAAUGUCAAAGUCAAUCAUCUCUAAAGAAUAUUGGAGGAAUGUAGGGGAAUUUACUUUAGUAUGUGGCAUUGCACGAAAUAAGGGCAUUUCCUAUGUUUCUAGUGUUUAAAUACCGCUCAUCAUCAUGCGCUCGUGUUUUCACGAUUACAUUUUUGGUUCAAAUGGUGUUUAUAGAUGUAUUCAACGUUAGAAUAUGUGCUGUGCUGUCUGGUUUUGCAACGCGUAGUUUCGGGGUAGUGUAGCGCUACACAUAACUUCACACGGCUCGGCAUGUAUUCAUCAAAAGUACGCACACUCUGACUGAGCAAGAUUUGUUUGUUUGAAAUGAAUGUUACUGGAAAAUGUUGAGCAUUGAAAUUAUAAUUCAUUGUGUUCAAAAAAGUUACCAAUAGCCCAUCCAUAUCAGUUAAAAAAACGUCAUUAAUUUCUUAUUUGUUGCUAAACUGUUAUACUCGCUACAUUCUUUUUGUAUUUUUCAUGUUUUGUCUGCACUUUCACAGGUUGCCUCUUUUUUUUUCAUCAGUGUUUUUUUCCCAAUUUUGGCUCAGUCAAACUCCCAGAAAAGCAGUUUUAUUCCAUGAAUAUCAGGACUCUACUGGAGGAUUCAAAUAAAUUUGGUUCAGUAUUUGCA